AGUAGAGAAAGAAAAAGAGAAGGAGAAAGGAUCAUCAGGAACCACUAAAACCCCUGCCGAUUUCCUCAAAUCCAUUCGCGGCCGCCCCGUUGUCGUUAAGCUCAAUUCCGGCGUUGAUUAUCGUGGUAUCCUAGCUUGUCUAGAUGGCUAUAUGAAUAUUGCAAUGGAACAGACAGAGGAGUAUGUCAAUGGCCAACUGAAGAACAAAUAUGGCGACGCCUUCAUUCGAGGGAAUAAUGUUCUGUACAUUAGUACUUCAAAGAGGACUCUAGCAGAAGGAGCUUAGCAAGAGCAGCAGGAUUCCAGAACGUUUUGAUUUUGGAAUACACUUUCUUUGUUCAGUUAUAGUUUUUCAGCAGAACUAUAUAAAAGUAUGGAUUUUAACUUAUGUUCAAAUCAUGAUUUAAUAUUAAAGAUCAUGUUUAAAUGUAAUUCAAUGCAAUAUUUCCAAAUAUGUUGAAAGAUGUUGAAGCUUAGUUUGCAAUUUCUUUAUCAACGUUUCUUCAAAAUUGGAAUUCGAAAA